AUGGCGUCUUCCGGGAAAGCUGACUACUGCCUAGUCUUACUCAACAGCUGUUUAGUGGAAGCCGAUCGCAGCGAGGAGCUGGCAUUCCUCAAACCAUUCCUGGAGAAAUCCUUCAUGAAGAGGUCUUUUCGGAAUGGCGUUGGUUCUGGAAUUAAAAAAAAUUCCUUGAGAAGAGCAAAAUUAUAGCCAAAUGCUCUCGCAAAAACCCUUUUUGAUUUAGAGAAUUGUGCUUUUUGUAUGAAAGCAUUGGAAAUGCACCUACCUUUGUUGUGAGAUUAUUAUUAUUAAGGGAAUACUUUUUUUAUUUGUCCAAUGAAGAUAAACAUUAGAUGAAGUUAAGAUGAAGUCUAGGCCAGGAAUGUUCAGCCCAUGGAUCUCCAGCAGAAGACUAUUGAGCAUUGCUUGUUGGGCAACAGUUGGAGAGACAUGGCUAAACAUACCUGAUCUAGAAAAUAAUAAUGCUCAGAACCAUCAUCGUUUGAAAGGUUAAUAUUCUUUAGAAUUAAAAGCUCGCCUAUUUUUAAUCCACGAGCUAAUAUUACAUGUUUAUAGCAUCAUAAUUAAAUUAGCAUUUAAAUAAAGUUAGCAGGCUCAGAUAUGUGUUCAUACGCACCCAUUAUAAUUACUUGUAUAAUGAAAAAAACAAUAUAAAAAUAGCAGUCGGGAAUGUUGCAUUUAGAUACAAUGGUUGUGUUGAUUCCAUCGCAGCAAUUUCCCCUGGAAGUAUUCUCAUGAGAUGUAUUGAUUGUUUUUAGAAGGAACCUGGGAAAUUACAUUCAUUUUAGUAAUGCGGUUCUUGUAAGUACAAUCAAUUAACUCAGACGUACUCAUGGUUCCUGCUUAACACAUAGGACGGUUCAAAAACACUAAUAUCCAUUUCAUUUUGCCAAAGGAUUAGCUUAAUGUAAUGAAUUUAUCUUUCUCUUUACUCGGAUACUGUACAGGGGAAAGUGUUCUGUUACUGUGGCUGCUGGAGCUGCUAAUUCAUAGAACAGACUAAAAGGAACACAAAAAGUUCCAUUAUCAGCAGCGCUUACCAAACAUCUCAACCAUAACUGUAAGGGCAAGAUUUACUAAAACAAAUAAUCAACUAGGAAUGCA